CGCCUUCCGCGUCGGCGAGAAGAAAGGGAGCCCGGACGCGCGGAGGCUGACCCGGAGCCUACCCAUGAGGCAGCGCGCCGGCUCCUCGAGAGCCCCCCCACCCCGCCCACGGCUCGGCCGCCUGCUCCGCAAUGGGAGCCGCCGCCGUCGCCGCCGUGUAGUUUUUCGUGCUCCUCCUUUUCCUCCUCCUCUUUCUCCUCCUCCUCAGGGCCCCAGUCAGGCCGAUCCGCUCCGCUCACGGGUUUAAGAUUAUCUGACUUUCAACUAUACAGGAUUGCUGACUGCUGAUAGAAAGGUCCUCAUGGAACAAAAUGCACCAUGGAAGUGGCUUUGUUAAAUUCCAUGAGGAAAAAUAAAUAAUAUAUCUCCCAACUGUAUUGAAUAGAAAAAGGAAGGAAAAGAAAUAUAACUUGCUGCCUUGUGUGGAGUCACAUGAUGAUCAAAAUUAGAUCCAAGAAUUUCUAAACCCCAGGUUUCACGUUUCAAUAUUUGGCUUUACUUAAAGUGACUCAUAAAAUUGACUGAUAUCUUGUGUCAGUACUUAAAUGACAAUUUACAGAAAGUCAGCUCUUCAACUUGAUUGGCGACAACCCUUUUCAGCCAAAAAAUAAAUCAAAAAUGGCAGAACUCUUUAUGGAAUGUGAAGAAGAAGAGUUGGAACCAUGGCAGAAGAAAGUAAAAGAGGUUGAUGAUGAUGAUGAUGAUGAGCCGAUCUUUGUUGGAGAGAUAUCAAGUUCAAAACCAGCAAUUUCAAAUAUUUUGAAUAGAGUAAACCCCAGCUCAUAUUCGAGGGGAAUAAAGAAUGGUGCGCUCAGCCGAGGUAUUACUGCUGCAUUCAAGCCUACAAGUCAACACUACACGAACCCAACAUCAAAUCCAGUGCCUGCCUCGCCAGUAAAUUUUCAUCCUGAAUCUAGAUCUUCAGAUAGUUCUGUUAUUGUUCAGCCUUUGUCUAAACCUGGUUAUGUAACGAAGUCAUCACGAGUUAUUUCUAAUAAUUCUUCAGAGUUACUGUUUGACUUGACCCAGGAUACAGGAUUACCACUUUACCAAGGAGGACCAACACUUUCUAUAGCAGGUAUGAAUGAAAGUUCAUUUUUAUCAAAACGUCCUUCUACUUCUGAAGUAAACAGUGUUAAUCCAAAAAAGUCUAAACCCAGUGAAGGUGUUUCUGGAACAAAUUCCUCAGCUGUAUUUUCUUCAGUUAAAUCUCUUUCAGUGACAUCUCCCCAGGCUGUGCCGUCAAAAGGUACAAAUAUCUCAUCAAAUCAAUCGAAAAAUGGAACACCUUUUCCAAGAGCUUGUCCAAAGUGCAAUAUUCAUUUCAAUCUUUUGGAUCCUUUGAAAAAUCACAUGAAGUACUGUUGUCCAGACAUGAUAAAUAACUUUUUGGGACUGGCUAAAACAGAAUUUUCAAGUACAGCAAAUAAAAGUAAGACUGUUGAUUCAGAAAAAGGAAAACUGAUCAUGUUAGUUAAUGACUUUUAUUAUGGAAAACAUGAAGGAGAUGUCCAGGAAGAACAGAAGACUUACACAACCUUUAAGUGCUUCAGUUGCUUGAAAAUUCUUAAAAAUAAUAUUAGGUUUAUGAACCACAUGAAACAUCAUUUGGAACUUGAGAAGCAGAGCAGUGAAAGCUGGGAAAACCACACCACCUGCCAGCACUGCUACCGUCAGUUUCCCACACCAUUUCAACUGCAGUGUCACAUUGAAAGUACACACACACCCCAUGAAUUUUCUACCAUUUGCAAAAUAUGUGAAUUAUCAUUUGAAACAGAGCAUAUUCUUUUACAACAUAUGAAGGACAAUCAUAAACCUGGUGAAAUGCCAUAUAUUUGCCAGGUUUGCAAUUAUAGAUCAUCAUCAUUUUCUGAUGUAGAAACUCAUUUUAGAACAUCCCAUGAAAACACUAAGAACUUGCUAUGUCCAUUUUGCCUCAAAGUUAUUAAAAUUGCAACACCCUAUAUGCAUCAUUACAUGAAGCAUCAGAAAAAAGGAAUACAUCGUUGUACAAAAUGCAGACUACAGUUUUUAACAUGCAAAGAGAAAAUGGAUCACAAGACUCAGCAUCAUCGGACAUUUAUAAAACCUAAACAGCUAGAAGGAUUGCCUCCGGGAACAAAAGUUACUAUUCGAGCUUCAGUUGGCCCUCUUCAAUCAGGAUCUUCAACUACACCUACCAUUAGUGCAAGCACUUCUACCCUUCAGCUCUCACCUCCAAGGACUAAAAAUAUAACUGCUAAAAAUCCCACAAAAUCUAACACAAGUAAACCUAAUAUAACUAAAUCCAUUGCAAGUAAACCUAAUGCAAGUAAGCCUAAUGGAAGUAAAUCUAAAUACAAAUCAAAAAUAUCUAAUAUGCAAAAGAAACAAAGCACAUUGGCUAGUAGCAAUAAAAAAAGUAAAGUCAAUACAGCAUUGAGGAAUUUAAGGUAUCGUCGGGGAGUUCACAAGUGCAUUGAGUGUUGUUCUGAAAUAAAAGAUUUUGCAAACCAUUUUCCUACAUAUGUCCACUGUAGUUUUUGCAGAUACAACACUAGCUGUAGCAAAGCCUAUGUGAAUCAUAUGAUGAGCUUUCAUAGUAAUCGUCCAAGUAAAAGGUUUUGUAUCUUUAAGAAGUAUUCAGAAGAUCUCAGGGGCAUUACUCUAGUGUGCCUUAAUUGUGAUUUCCUAACUGAUGUUUCUGGCUUAGAUAAUAUGGCUACACACUUAAGUCAACAUGAAACUCAUGCUUGUCAAGUUGUAAUAGAGAAAGUUUCUGUUUGUAUCCCAACUUCUGAACAUCUUUCUGAAUUAAAAAAUGAAGCUCCCACUAAGGAACAAGAACCUGUGUCUGAGGAAAUUGCAAGACCUAAUAUGGCUGAAGGAGAAACAGAAACAUCAAAUUCUGAAAGUAAACAAGAUGAAGCUUCUUCAGAGGAAAUAAAAAAUGGAUGUGAUGUGCAUUUAUUUGAAGGCUCAUCAACAACAAAAAGUGAAGAAGGUGUAUCAGGUUCAGAUAAAGAAAAUGAUACCUGUCUUGAAGACCAGGAAACUGGCUCAAAGAAUAUCUUCAGUUAUGAUUCAAUUAUUGAUGCAGAUAAGGUGGAAAAGGAAAAACAAAUAGAGCACAUUUGUCAGGAAACAGAGUUGAAGAGGUGCCAAAGUUCAGAAAACUUCAUUGCAUGUGAUCAGACUGAAGAUUGCAAUGCCAGUGAAGCUAGAUUUUCUUCGAAGAAUAUUAAGGAUUUGCAGUUAACAUCUGGUGAUGUUAGCAUUGAUCAGUUUUUGAGAAAAAGAGAUGAACCUGAAUCUGUUAGUUCUGAUGUUAGUGAGCAAGGCAGUAUUCAUUUGGAACCUUUGACUCCAUCAGAAGUGCUUGAGUUUGAAGCCACAGAGAUUCUUCAGAAAGGUAGUGGUGAUCCUUCAGCCAAGACUGAUGAAGUAGUGUCUGAUCAAACAGAUGACGUUCCUGGAGAAAAUAGCCUUAGCACAACAGAGACAACAGGAGACCUGGCAGAUGAAAAAGAAAGAAGUUGAAAUUAAUUAGGCAUUCUAAGUUUUAGUGUACCAACGAUAAGAGCAUUUGGAACAGUGCUAUCAGGUGAGCUCAGUGGUGCUGUUGCAGAGUGCAGACAUAGAAAAAUGUGAGGGAGGUCAUUCAUACACUUUACCUGUAUAUUCAACCUAGGUUAUUAAAUCAGUUCAUCAUUAAUAGCAUGAUUAGUAUGAAUUUCCAAGAAGUUUUUAAGACAUGAGUAAGAUUUUAAUGAAAGUUAAGUUUGCAAUGAAAAAGUCUCAUUUAGCAGUUUUCGAGGUUAUGGAACUUGGUGGUCAAUAUGAAUUGAAUAUUAGAAUAUUAUACUAAUAAAGCUUUUGAAAUUUCCAUCAGUUCUAAACUAAAAGUCUUUAUUACCUGUACAUCCUUUUCAAUUAACUUAAAGGAAGAGAUUUGGAAACCACAUACCUUUUGGGAAUAAUUGAUUUAAAAUAAUGGCCGAUUGGCUUUGUUAAUGAAGGCUUCAUUUUGAGUAUGAUACUGGUAAAUGGAGCAUGUUUAGAAUGCUAAAUUAGUUGAUCUAAUGAGAAUUUGGAUGAACAUAAACUUAAUUUUGGAUAUAAUAUAACAUUCCAGACUGCCAGAAGCAUGUAAACAGAAUAUUUGAAUCUGUGUACCUCCAUACAAGUGUUAGCCUGCCAGGCUGUAAGCUUACCUUAAUUAAACUUUCAGUGAAAGUGAAAUUAUUAAAAUAAAAAUUUAUAUUUGUGCUUUUUGUCAGUGUGUAAGCUGUGCAGAAAUCCCUUGAUGUACUAGUUGUAUAAAGUAGAAACCCAUUGUUGAAACUCCUGUAGCUAUUAUGCUCUUAAUAUUGUUUUAAUGAUCUUCUUUAGAAAUAGACCCAUAAAAAUGGUCUGGAAACCAAACCAAAGUAUGGAUUAAUGUAGAUAUUGUAAAGCAGUAAACUGAAAACAUGUCCUGGCAUGAAUUCAGCCAUGUUUAAGUGACUUCUUCUGUAAUUGUAAAAUAGAAAAUUCAAAUGGGACCUAAAGCAGGAUGUAAAAAAUUGGUUUGGGAUAUUUAGCCUAAUUUAUCCAUAAGAUGGCUGCUAAAUUGAUUUUUUCAGUUUUUUUAUCAUAUAGAAAAUAAUAGAUAUAGAAAUGAAUAAUAUGAGUAACAGUAGUUUGCUUUGAAGUACUAAUAAACUUUUAUUUAAAAUGCUACAUUUUUACUUCUUAAAAUGUGCUUUGAAUUCUUAAAUUUUGUUUCACUGAAUGUUAAAUGUUUAAAAUGGCUAUUAAAAUUCUGCUGUAUAUAGUA